GACAGAGAGGGGGAGUGGUAUAUACGCGUGUGUAGCAGGGAACUUUAAAGCAGCAUUCUUGCCCAGCAGCCGCAACCAGAGCAGCUCCGACCAGCGCUCUACCUGAUACAGACCCAGUCCCAGAGCCUCUACGACCCACAGACAGACAGUGACACGGGAGCACAAAGACACACAGGUAACCAUGGCAACCUUUACCAACCGUCUUCUGAUUGGUCUCCUGUGCCAAGCUGCCAGUGCGUGGGCGUUUGCCCGUCUCAGUGAUGACACAGAGCUGCGCUCUGCCUUUUCGGUGGCACGCACCAGCAGCAUGGAGGGUGGGGCCAAAAUGGUGGUGACUUUUGACACUGUGUAUGUCAACAUCGGCGGGGACUUUGACCCGGGGGCGGGGCUAUUCCGCUGUCGGAUCCCAGGGGCCUACUACUUCUCCUUCACGGUGGGCAAGUUCCCCCACCGUGACCUGUCCGUCAUGCUGAUGAGGAACCGGAAUGAGGUACAGGCCAUCGUGUACGAGGAGGGCGGAGGCGAAGAGAGGCGAGUCCAGUCCCAGAGCGCCAUGCUGCAGCUGGACUUUGGAGACACCGUCUGGCUGCGUCUCCACGGCGACCCCCGCUACGCUCUCUACAGCAACACGGGACACUACACGACCUUCAAUGGCUACCUGGUGUACCCUGACACAUACACUUUCCAGCAGACACGCCCCCCACCGGCUACAACGAGCAACAAUGAAGCUGUCAUCAAUGAAGCCACCGACCACCACGUUCUGCCAGAUGAGGUGAAGGAGAAAGAGGAGAAGAAGGAGGAAGUGGAAGGUGAGGAGGAGGAGGAGGACGACCAGAGGUCAGCAUUCUCCGUGGGCCGCACCCAAAGCAUUGUGGGAGAAGACCAGGGCUUCCCACAGCACCAGCCAGUCAGCUUUGACACGGACUUCGUCAACAUUGGUGGGGACUUCAACGUGUCGGUGGGCGUGUUCACCUGUCGCAUCCCCGGAGCCUACUUCUUUUCCUUCAACGCAGGGAAGCUUCCCCACAAGACGCUGUCCGUGAAGCUGAUGAAGAACCGUCUGGAGGUCCAGGCCAUGAUCUAUGAUGACCACCAGGGGGAGCGUGCACUGCAGAGCCAGAGCCUGAUGAUGUCACUUCGGCGUGGGGACACAGUGUGGCUCUACAGCCACCAGAGGGAGGGCUUUGGAGCCUAUAGCAACCAUGCUAAAUACAUCACCUUCACAGGCUUCCUGGUCUACCCCGACCUGCAGACCAGUCCCCAGGCUCCGGAGCCAGGACAAGACCUGAAGGUGGGACAGUCCAACCCCAACCCACAAACAUCUCACGCUGGCCAGGCCAAAGCCCAUCCUCAGCCCCAGGCCCAUCCCCAGAAGCGGGACAGCCAAAAGCCCUGACAGCUGCCUAUGUGAGGGAACCAGGACCAUACCACUGAGGGGGUGGGUGUGGGGGGUGUUGAGCUGUGGAGCUCCUGAUGUCGUCUUAUCUGCAUCCAGCUGGGUUCCCUCCUCUGGCUGACUCCACACUUAACGCAGUUAGGCAGCCAAGGUUGGGUUGUGUUAUCUGUGUGUGUUAAUAUUCUUCUUCUCUGGAAUGAUACUGUCCUGUACUGUAUGUCUUCAAAGGCAUGUGACUUUACUUUAGGGAUGCUUGUUUUGUGUCAAAAUAAGACCUUUAUGAGUU